GAAAAACACAGCAAUACGGUACCAAUCCCUGGUACCUGGCAACCUCUACCGGUGCUCAAUGGUAUCAAUUUUUGUUACUUUUGUGUUAAUAAAUGCACCAUAUUUUUCUGUCCAUAAGCCGCUGCAUUUUUUUCCUACGCUUUGGACCCUGCGGCUUACAAAACGGUGCAACUAAUUUAUGGAUUUUUCAAAAAAUGUUUUGUGUUCAACAAAUACUUUUCUAUACUGACAGAGACACUGAAAAGGCGCCAUCUUUUGGACCAGUUCGCUCGACGCAGGUGCUGCGGAUUGAAAAUGUACUCCCUGGUUCGGGCCUUGGACCGGAAGUAUGUCCACUUUCGCCCGUGGCAUUUCUGCUCGAAGGGAGUCUUCGCUCAUCACUCCGAGCAACGUUUCCUCUCUCUUCCUCUCCAAGCUGCAGAGGGCGGAGCCUCUCGGGACGUCUGCACCAUUAGUCGGGGGAGCGGCUGAUUUCCCCACAUUACUGUGGUCCCUGAAGGAGGCGGGCCUGUGAAUCAGGAGCUGGCUUCAUUAGCUUGAGUAAAAACAGCGCUCGGGAUGUCCACAUGGCAGUCCAGGCUACUAGGAGCUGGCAGAUACACAACAGCCAAGCACGCAACAGCACACAAGCUAGACAAAGCAGGCCCCGGAGGAAGGAUGAUGUUCCACCUGGAAAACAUCAUUUAAACUCUUGCCGAAACAAAACCACACCUGAUGAAAAUCAACUGCAACGUUACGGAAGCCGGCAUGGAAGACAAGGCAAAUGGUUCUGUCAACGCCAAAAGUGUUCACAGCCCAGUGGAGAACGGUCAGCUUCCAGACCCAGCCAACUGGGCGGUUGCUGACGUGGUCAAUUACUUUAAAGCGACAGGCUUCGAGGAGCAAGCCACGGCGUUCCAAGAUCAGGAAAUCGAUGGCAAGUCGCUCCUCCUGAUGACGCGUAAUGACGUCCUGACGGGCCUGUCCAUAAAGUUGGGCCCGGCGCUGAAGAUCUACGAGUAUCACGUGAAGCCGCUGCAAACCCAGCACCUGAAGAGCAACGCCUGUUAGCAGCUGGCCGCGCCACACCUCAGUGACAAUCGACAACUCCGGACGCAGCUGACAAAGACUCCUACGGCACCUUAAACCUUUUUAAAGGCUUGGACACCAAACACACUCAGCUGGUCACCCAGCUGGCACAAAACCUUAAAACAACGUUGAGAACUUGUUGAAUUAGGUUCUGACCCUUGAGCAACUCAAACCUAACGUUGAAACAACAUGCUUUUAAUCAAUGUCAGGUUGUGACGUUGAUUUGACAUUGAAUUCUAGUCAUUUCCUAACCAACAAGGUGGAUCCAACAUUGGACAUCAACAUACAACUUUUUUGCAACGUUGUUUUAAAGUCAGUUUUAAAGGACAAGUACGUAUAAUCAACGUUGUUUCAAUGUCUCGUGCCUGCUGGGAACACUUUUCAGAUGUUCUUACUUCUGCUGAUUUCAGUUGUUUGUUUGUUUUUUAUUCUUCACCUUUUAUUUAAGACAAAAACAUGUGUGUUUGUGGGUUUUAAAAGGGGUAUUCAGACAUAAGAUGGUAUAUAGUUGAUGUAUGGUGGAAAACACCGUACCAGUUGGUUGUGAGGACACAAUGCACUAUAAAAUAGUAAGUCUCUUUGAAACUGAUCUUCUUGAAAAGGAAUUCCCAUGGAAAUGUAAAGAUGUGCGUAACUAUGAUGUCUCUACCUGUGGUGCUUCAACAUGCUGGCAAAAACAACUAAUAGUGUGAAUGGGCUUAAUGUUUGUUUUUAUUAUGACAGCUUUUGUGAGCACUGAAUUUAUGUACCGUUUGAAUUUUGCAAACUGAAUUUUUAUACAUCAAAUUAUGCUGACAAUUUCACUGACUAAUAAUUUGUGAGCAAAAUAUGUGUGUGAAAAUUCAGUGCAAAUACAUUUGGUGUGUAAAACUUCCGUGCAGAAAUAUUUGUUGCUUCCAAAGUCAAAGUUUCCUGCCUGUAGAUGAAGGCUGACGCAAUGUACCCUGUCUCACAAUUAGCCAAUGAGGUGAGUUUUGAAGCAACAAAACUGUUCUGCACGGAAUUUUUUUUAUUUUUAUUUACACUGAAUUGAUUUGCACCGAAUCUUAAAACACGGUAUUUUAACAAACGGACCCUUUCAACCAAAAAUGUUGCUCAUAUUUUUUUUCAAUGAAAUUGUCAGCAUAAUUUGAUGUGAAAAAAUCCACUUCAAAAGGCAAAAAAAAGCUUCUGAAAUGAAGACCCAAAUGAGCCUGUGUGUGAAUGGUCUUUGUGCAACACUGGACUUGGAAUAUUUCAAUCAAUGACUCGCAAUAAAUGGUGCUCCUUUCUCACCAAAGAACAACGCCGGUUUAUUGGUGCUCGCUAAGGAGAUACAACGACUUCAAAUAUUUGCGCCUUUUCAUGGACUUUUUCUGUAUUUGUGCCUCAGAGUUUGGCUUGUGGUGUCCUGCGCACUGUCCCUGUGAUGUUUCCUGACGGGUUGUCCACGGGGAGAAAAACCUGCCGUCACAAGAAAAACAUGUCAGGCCCAUUUUGCUCAUGUCGAUGGUGAAGUAGUGCUGGUUGGGCAUGAUGAUCUCGAUCUCCUCCACCUGGGGAACACACCAGAGCUUACCCUGACUUUCUACCAAGGGUGGUAAAGCGGUCGCGGACAAAACCCACAAAACCAGACUGAGUGGUUUUCAACAACUUCAGGUUCUUGACUCCACUGUGGACCACCGGCACACCUGAGAAAGUUCCAGCCAGAACUACUGGUGUCACUUAGAAAAAGUGCGGAUCUGUGAUGAGGAGAAGUCCAACGCAUUGAUGGAUGACCAUGGCCGCCCUGCCAAGUGUGCUGCUGCUUGUGGGCCUGGCUGGGACUCAUGCUGCUUUCUCCUGCAAGGAUGAAGCUGGGGCGCCCGUCGACUGGUUCAUCAUUUACAAGUUUCCCAAAUACAAGAUUGGUGAGGAAGGCAGUGGGGUGGACUACAUGUACCUGGACGCCUCAGGAGGCACUUGGCAACGGAGUAAGUUCAUGGUCAACACCACCCAAGGAGCCAUGGGAAACACCCUGAGUCAGCUUUACAGUAGUUACAAGGCCAACAGCUCAGCCUAUGCGCUCUACAACGAUGCCCCGCCUCUGCUCAAGUACGACCAAGGAUACGGACACACCAAAGGAGUUCUGCUCUUUGAUGCUUCUCAAGGCUUCUGGUUGUCCCACAGCAUCCCCCACUUCCCCUCCUUCCCAGAGAAGGGCUACCUGUACCCGACCUCUGGCAAGGUCAACGGCCAGACGGCUCUGUGUGUCAGCCUGCACUAUCAACAUGUCCUCCGUGUCACCCAGCAGCUGGUGUAUGUCUUCCCGCGCGUCUUCAACUGCUCCGUGCCCGCCGACUUCGCCGCCAAGCUGCCUGCGCUGGCACACUUGUGUGCUGGCAAGCGUCCAGUGGCGCCUUCGGAUAAGAACAUGGAGCAACUCUUCUCCCUGCAGGGAGAGAUGUUCUUCAUUUUUGCCAAAUCGGAACGUUUUGUUGAUGACAUCUACUCGGGCUGGCUGGCUCAGGUCUUCAACACCAGCCUGAUGACGGAGACGUGGCAGACGCCGGAGUACCAGCUGCCCUCCAACUGCUCGCUAGCCAAUCACGUCAUGAACAUCAAGAGGAUCCGCCUCCCCGCGUCCGUACCGCACUAUUCGCGGCACGACCACUCCAAAUGGUGCGUGUCGUGGGCGUACCAGAAGCGGGUGACGUGCUUGGGAGACCUGAACAGGGAGACCAGCCAGAAGUGGCGCGGCGGUUUGAUGGCGUGCUCCUUCAACCCUUUGAUGUACGCGGCCUUCAGACAGCUGGUGGACUGGUACAUGGGUUGUUGAUUUCACACCAGCAGGGAAUGGAACCAUCAAUUAUUCAUAUUGAUCUAACAGUAUUUUUUAACCCUCUAGUCUACUUUAUUUAAAAAUAUGUUUAAAAAAGUGUUAUAAGUAUCGGUAAGUUACAUAUUAUUUUUCAACUUUUUACACUUAAAAACAUUUUUAAUAAGUACCGGUACGUCACAUAUUAUUAUGUAUUUUCCUUUUCACACCUUAAAAAAAGUGUUAUAAGUACCGGUAAGUCACUUUUUUUUUUUUACUUUUUACAUGUUAAAAAAAAGUGUUAAGUACCGGUAAGUCACAUAUUAUUAUUAUUUUUUAACUUUUUACACAUUAAAAAAAGUGUUGUAAGUACCGGUAAGUCACAUAUUAUUUUUUUUACCUUUUACAUGUUAAAAAAAGUGUUAUAAGUACCGGUAAGUCACUUUUUUUUUUUUUUUUACUCUUUACACGUUAAAAAAAGGGUUAUAAGUAGACACAUAUAAUUUUUAAAAAAGAGUUAGAAGUACCGAUAAGUCACAUAUUGUUAUUUUUUUUUACUUUUUACACGUUCAAAAGGGGUUAUAAGUACCGGUAAGUCACAUAUUAUUUUUUUACUUUUACACGUUACAAAAAGGGUUAUAAGUACCGGUAAGUCACAUAUAAUUUUUAAAAACUUUUUACACGUUAAAAAAGUGUUAUAAGUACCGGUAAGUCACAUAUUUUUUUACUUUUACACGUUACAAAAAGGGUUAUAAAUACCGGUAAGUCACAUAUUAAUUUUUUUACUUUUACACGUUACAAAAAGGUUAUAAGUACCGGUAAGUCACAUAUAAUUUUUUUUUAACUUUUUACACGUUAAAAAAGGGUUAUAAGUACCGGUAAGUCACAUAUUAUUUUUUUACUUUUACACGUUACAAAAAGGGUUAUAAGCACCGGUAAGUCACAUAUUAUUUUUUUUACUUUUUACACGUUAAAAAAGGGUUAUAAGUACCGGUAAGUCACAUAUUACUUUUUAUUAACUUUUUAAACUUUUCAACAGCUUCAGACCCAUCCAUAGAUAUACAUGUAAAGUUGUUAUAUAUUAAUAUUAUGUUUUAUGGUCUUUUUGUACAGAAAAAACAUAUUUUUUAAUUAUGAGAAAAAAAAUGGUUGCAAAGUAAAAUUAUUUAGAUGAUGUCAUUACACCGUUUUUACGUUUUUAUUUGUUUUAUGCCCUUUCUGUAAAAACAAAACAUGUAAGAAAACACAUUUGCAAUAUUGAAAAAAAAAUAGUUGCAAAAUAAAAUACUUUAGAUGAUGUAUUAACAGCCUAUAAAAUGUCAAUGAUUCAACACUUGAUUUUUGU